GCGCUCAAGCGCCUGCGCAUUGGCCGCUAACUCGCUCUAGUAGCUGUGGUCGGGGCUGGAGACCGGCUGCCAUCUUAGUCUAGGGACUGAGGAGACGCCGCCGCCCCGAGUCCCGGUACCAUGCAUUUCACAGUGGCCUUCUGGAGACAACGCCUUAACCCAAGGAAGUGACUCAAACUGUGAGAACUUUAGGUUUUCCAACCUAUUGGUGGUAUGUCUGACAGUGGAUCACAACCUGGUUCAAUGGGUAGCCUCACCAUGAAAUCACAACUUCAGAUCACUGUCAUCUCAGCAAAACUUAAGGAAAAUAGAAAGAAUUGGUUUGGACCAAGUCCUUAUGUAGAAGUCACAGUAGAUGGACAGUCAAAGAAGACAGAAAAAUGCAACAAUACGAACAGCCCCAAGUGGAAGCAACCCCUUACAGUUAUCGUUACCCCUGUGAGUAAAUUAUAUUUUCGUGUGUGGAGUCACCAGACACUGAAAUCUGAUGUUUUAUUGGGAACUGCUGCAUUAGAUAUUUAUGAAACAUUAAAGUCAAACAAUAUGAAACUUGAAGAAGUAGUUGUGACUUUGCAGCUUGGAGGUGACAAAGAACCAACAGAGACAAUAGGAGACUUAUCAAUUUGUCUUGAUGGGCUACAGUUAGAGUCUGAAGUUGUUACCAAUGGUGAAACUACAUGUUCAGAAAGUGCUUCUCAGAAUGAUGAUGGCUCCAGAUCCAAGGAUGAAACAAGAGUGAGCACAAAUGGAUCAGAUGACCCUGAAGAUGCAGGAUCUGGUGAAAAUAGGAGAGCCAGUGGGAAUAAUUCUCCAUCACUCUCAAAUGGCGGUUUUAAACCUUCUAGGCCUCCAAGACCUUCACGACCACCACCACCCACCCCACGUAGACCAGCAUCUGUCAAUGGUUCACCGUCUACCACUUCUGAAAGUGAUGGGUCUAGUACAGGCUCUCUGCCGCCGACAAAUACAAAUACAUCUGAAGGAGCAACAUCUGGAUUAAUAAUUCCCCUUACUAUAUCUGGAGGCUCAGGCCCUAGGCCAUUAAAUCCUGUAACCCAAGCUCCCUUGCCACCUGGUUGGGAGCAGAGAGUGGACCAGCACGGACGAGUUUACUAUGUAGAUCAUGUUGAGAAAAGAACAACAUGGGAUAGACCAGAACCUCUACCUCCUGGCUGGGAACGGCGGGUUGACAACAUGGGACGUAUUUAUUAUGUUGACCAUUUCACAAGAACAACAACAUGGCAGAGACCAACACUGGAAUCUGUCCGGAACUAUGAACAAUGGCAGCUACAACGUAGUCAGCUUCAAGGAGCAAUGCAGCAGUUUAACCAGAGAUUCAUUUAUGGGAAUCAAGAUUUAUUUGCUACAUCACAAAAUAAAGAAUUUGAUCCUCUUGGUCCAUUGCCACCUGGAUGGGAGAAGAGAACAGACAGUAACGGCAGAGUAUAUUUCGUCAACCACAACACUCGAAUUACACAAUGGGAAGACCCCAGAAGUCAAGGUCAAUUAAAUGAAAAGCCCUUACCUGAAGGUUGGGAAAUGAGAUUCACAGUGGAUGGAAUUCCAUAUUUUGUGGACCACAAUAGAAGAACUACCACCUAUAUAGAUCCCCGCACAGGAAAAUCUGCCUUAAACUCACAUUGUUUCUUCAUUCUUCUGUUUCAGCAACUGGCCAUGCCACAGCACAUAAAGAUUACAGUGACAAGAAAAACAUUGUUUGAGGAUUCCUUUCAACAGAUAAUGAGCUUCAGUCCCCAAGAUCUGCGAAGACGUUUGUGGGUGAUUUUUCCAGGAGAAGAAGGUUUAGAUUAUGGAGGUGUAGCAAGAGAAUGGUUCUUUCUUUUGUCACAUGAAGUAUUGAACCCAAUGUAUUGCCUGUUUGAAUAUGCAGGGAAGGAUAACUACUGCUUGCAGAUAAACCCUGCUUCUUACAUCAAUCCAGACCACCUGAAAUAUUUUCGUUUUAUUGGCAGGUUUAUUGCCAUGGCUCUGUUCCAUGGGAAAUUCAUAGACACAGGUUUUUCUUUACCAUUCUAUAAGCGUAUCUUGAACAAACCAGUUGGACUCAAGGAUUUAGAAUCUAUUGAUCCAGAAUUUUAUAAUUCUCUCAUCUGGGUUAAAGAAAACAAUAUUGAGGAAUGUGGUCUGGAAAUGUACUUCUCCGUUGACAAAGAAAUUCUGGGUGAAAUUAAGAGUCAUGAUCUGAAACCCAAUGGUGGCAAUAUUCUUGUAACAGAAGAAAAUAAAGAGGAAUACAUCAGAAUGGUAGCUGAAUGGAGGUUGUCUCGAGGUGUUGAAGAACAGACACAAGCUUUCUUUGAGGGCUUUAAUGAAAUUCUUCCCCAGCAAUAUUUGCAAUACUUUGAUGCAAAGGAAUUAGAGGUCCUUUUAUGUGGAAUGCAAGAGAUUGAUUUGAAUGACUGGCAAAGACAUGCCAUCUACCGUCAUUAUACGAGGACCAGCAAACAAAUCAUGUGGUUUUGGCAGUUUGUUAAAGAAAUUGAUAAUGAGAAGAGAAUGAGACUUCUACAGUUUGUUACUGGAACCUGCCGAUUGCCAGUAGGAGGAUUUGCUGAUCUCAUGGGGAGCAACGGACCACAGAAAUUCUGCAUUGAAAAAGUUGGGAAAGAAAACUGGCUACCCAGAAGUCAUACCUGUUUUAAUCGCCUGGACCUGCCACCAUACAAGAGCUAUGAGCAACUGAAAGAAAAGCUGUUGUUUGCCAUAGAAGAAACAGAAGGAUUUGGACAAGAGUGACUUCUGAGAACUUGCACCGUGAAUGGGCAAGAACUUGUUAUGUUUGUCCUUCUCAGCCUGUUGCACAUCUUGUAAAAUUGGACUAUGGCUCUUUAGAGAGUUAUCUGAGUGUAAGUAACUAUUAAUGUUAUCAUUAAAAUUUAUCUCCCAGUGAUUUCUACUCACCAUUUCCAGAAAUCAGGUCUGCAAAUGACUAGUCAAAACCUUGCUUAACAUGAAAUCUGCCUUGUCUUAUUCCACUAGUUUGUUCCCUUAACAAUUUUGUAUAUAUGUCAAAAGUCUCACUUGGGAGUAGGUUUUUUUCUUUUAGAAAUUCUGUAGAUAAGCAGGGAAGUCCUUUGGUAACUGCAAUAUACAAGAUCUUCCUAUUAAGCCUCUUGGUAAGAGGCAUUUGUUAAAAGUGCAAACUUACCCCAGCUUCUGGGGAUGCGAGCAAAAUUCUGGCUUGUGUUCUUCUCAUUUUAGUCUGACUUGACUAUUGUCUUUCCUUUCUGGAGCAUGAAUCCAUACAUCAUUCCUGGAAGUGAUGCAAAACUACUGCAUCCCUCUACAAAGUAGUUUUGUCAAUUUGAAUUCAGGGAAAAGUUGGUCACAGCCUGCAAAUAACUUCAUUUGGAAGUUUGAUUGUUUUAGUUGCCUGGCAAAUACUACACUUCACAAACAAUAUUAACACUGUGAUUCCUUCAUUGUUGUUUUAAGAAGUUAACCUAGGGCCAGGCGUGAAAUCCUAGCACCUUGGGAGGCUGAGGCAGAAGGAUCCCUUGAGGACAGGAGUUCAGGACCAGCCUGGGCAACAUAGGGAGACCCUGUCUCUUUUGGGGGGAAAAAUAAAUAAAUGGGAAAAAAGUUAACCUAGAAUUAGAAUUAACUUAAUUGAAUUCAUCUAAGGACAUCAGUGGUGAUUUUUAUAUGUUCCUCUACAUAAUUGAUGCUUUAUAAUUUUAACAUAAUCCAACAACUUCAGUUUACAUUUAAUUAUUGUUAAGGAGUUUAAGACUAGAAAGACAAGAGUGCUUUCUAGUCCAAAUAGAGGUCAAUGAAAUAGCUUCUGACAUCAAAUUUUCAUUUGAGGAGGGAGAGCUGUGGUAUGGGCUAAAAAGAAAGGAAGAUAAUAUCCAGUAACUACAGGAAUAUAUUCUCUGUGAAUUAAAAGUCUUCAAAGUUAUCAUUUCUCUGACAUACGUUGGAGUAGUCAUUUCCAUUGUUUACAUUGUCCUGAACUGGUUUGAUAUCCCUCAUCUGCAAUAUUCUUUUUACCCUUAAAAUUUUUAGCAGGGUUUUCUUUUUUUCUCAUGACUAUUUUAAGUUUAGAUUGCCCAUUAUUAACUGUUUAAUGCACUUUGAAGUUCUCUGGAGUUAAUUCUUUUAAAUUGGCCUAGCUUAGACUGUCAAGGUGGCUGUCAUAAAUUGGACUUUAUGAGCAGUGGAAUGAAGCCUAAGCCAGCUGAGUCCCUAUCAUAGCUGUACCAUGAGGACAGCCUCAUAGCUCAUGUAUCAGGGACUUUGCCACAUUUCAGAGGCAUAGCAUGAACAAGUAAUAUUAAGCCAAGAACAAGCAGCAGAACCCUGUUCCAUAUGGCCCUAAUGCUCUUCCUUUUUACAUCCUGGAACAACAAUAAAAACAUUUUUUUUUAACUUGUCUAUCUGUACUCGAAGACACUGCCAUCAUAAAGCAGAGACUGACAUGAGUGAAAAGGUUGCCUCAUCAAAGAAACUCAGUGUAAAUUGGGAGACUAGGCUCUCCCCAGCCCUGUGGUUUUUUUUAUUUCAUGUAUCCCAGGAAAUACUGUCUGGUUUCCAGUAGCCCUAGCUGUUAAAAGUAGGGACUCUGCCUUUUUGUUGGUAGGGGAGGAAAAACGCUAUUGCUUUGUCUUACAGAGCGAAUGUCUGCCAACUACCCAUUCAUUAUAUAAGUCUGAACUUGGUAAUAUAUGACUAAUGAAGAUUAAGCCCUCUAUAAAGACUUCCUGUUGAGGUGAAUUCUCAUACUGAAAUGUAGUUAUCUACAAUAUUUACUAGAGAUUUAUGAGAUUAAAUUAAGAGAUAAUGUAAGAAAAUAGAUUUUUUUUUGUUCUAUAUAAUGCUUCAUGAUUCAUUUAGGGACCUAGAAAUAUUGUGUGAAAAUAUAUAAAUAUCACCCAAAAGGCUUUCUGCCCUAUAUUUUUAAAAUACAGAAUAGUUAUCUUUGAAGUAGCCCUCGCCCUAGUUCUAUAGGGCUUGGCUAUUUAAUAUUUUUAUGGAAGAAGUGUUUAGUUCUGGAAAAGGUAAAUGCUUGUAUAUAUUUUUGCAGCCUGGGAUCUCCCUACUCCAUUUUUCCCUUUAAUUUAAGUGGCCACAUGUAUAUGUCUUCCCUGCUGUGUUAGGAAAAUGGGGGCUGGAUAUCCCAAGAAUCAGAGGUUAUAUAAAAAUACUGCAAAUAGACAGCAGACAUAAAUAUCUACCAAAUGCUAUCUUAAAUUUUGGUCCAAACUGAACAUAUGGAAAUAGAUUUAUUGUAAGUAUUUACGUAGACCUUUUUCUUAAAUCUUAACUAAAUUGCUUUUAGAAUUCUUUUUCUUUGUAAGCAUUGUAAAUGCUAAUAAAUCCUGUUAAUUAUUAUUAUUUUUUUUUUUUACUGCAUGUUACAUUGAAAUAAAAACAAAGUAAAAUGAGCAAUUGCCUUAUUCUUCUGCACUUUUGCGGGGGUGGGGGUUGGGGAAGACAGCAUUCCACAGCCUGGUCAGGAGGGAAGGACCUCACUUGUUUGGUCAAAUGGAGUGGUUUAAAACUGAUCAAGCAGCUCAUAAUAAUGAAUUCCUGCUCUGUCUUUUAUUAUGUCAGAGUACAGAAGAACCUCAUUUCAUAAAACUUACAAUAACUCUAUUUAAAAUUCAGGUAUUGUCCUUGGGAGGCUGAGGUGGGAGGAUCGCUUGAGUCCAGAAGUUCAAAUCCAACCUGGGCAACAUAGCUAGACCCUGUCUCUUAAAGAAACAAAAAGACAUAUUCAGGUACUGAUUUUUCAUCAAGAGAUUGACAUACCAAUGAUUAGAAAUUUUAGUGAAACAUGUUCAACUAUACACAAAGUUCUCAUCCUAAAUGAACUAUUUCAAUCAAGCCCGCUCUACCACUUUUUACUUAUCUGAUUAAUAAUCUGAAAUGUUAUCAGGGUUGACUCAUGGAAUUAAACUUUUCCUCUUGUUUUGGAUGUUACUUCAUCUUUCUAAAGUCCUUUAGAGUUAACUACUUCUAUUUAGUAUUGUUGGCAUCUCCAGCCCCCCCUCCAUUUGUUUUUCUUUUAAUUAUUUACAAAAUUGUUUGUAUAUUUGUAUAUUACUGUAUUAAGAGUACCUUUGUUUUCUCGAUCUGUUACUUCUAAUACUCAGGUAAUGCUACCAAUAUUACAGGAAGUCAAAUGCUUUCAUAAAGUUCCUUCAGUGGUUGCCUCACUUACGUUUUCCUAAAAGAUGUAAGACUGUUUAUAAUUAAACUUUUUUGAUCCUU